UCAGAAAAGAAAGUGCAGGGACAUUUUCAUCUGCUACAGGAAAAGGAGAGUGUUGCGUACAACACUGAAGGAUAAUCACGAGAGGGAGAGAGAGAGAGAGAGAGAGAGAGAGAGAGAAGGUUUAUUAAUUCAUGCAGGAGGGGAGGGAUAUUUCUGCUGCUGACUGAGCUGGUUCCAGCACUGCCUGUAGCAUUUUGCUUGUAAGCCCAUCCAUGCUGUGACCGUGACAGCACUCAGAUCAGCCAGGAUUUGACGGACAGCAUCACCUGAACGAGCAGAGAUUGAAAAUUUUAACUUCGGUGGAAAGGUCAUCACUUGCUCCUCCGAGUGCACCUGUCAUCUUCCCAUCACAGAGCUACUCCAAUCCCAGCCCCAACCGGUGGCGCGACACGCCUCACCUUCACACUGCCCUCGUCCUUGUGUCCCUCCUUUGUUUCGCAACUCCACAUCAGAGACGCCAAUUCACCAUCUGUUACUAAGAAAAGGCAGCAUGAUCAUGCCAGAUCGUACCAUCUUCUUCUCAUACCUCACCUGAGGACGAUCAGCGUGGUUCCCCCGGCUCGUUGUGAGCGCUCUGACCGACGAGAUGGGAGACUGGGUGUGUCUGAGCCCAGCCGAAUUCUCCCAGCUGCAGCAGUACAGUGAGUAUUCCUCCAAGAAGCUUAAAGAUGUCCUGGAAGAGUUUCAUGGAAAUGGUGUCCUCUCCAAGUACAACCCUGAACAGAAGCAAGAUGUUCUCAACCAACCCAUUGACUAUGAGGGCUUCCAGCUAUUCAUGACAACCUAUCUGGAGAAUGACAUCCCUGAGGAACUUUGCAAACACCUCUUCACCUCCUUCAAGAGCAAGAAUGGCGGAGGCAGCUCCCCUGACACCUCUCGAUCUGGAGCAGGCAUGCUGGGUAUGAAUGGGAAGAGUAUUUUGAGUGCUAUGAGCCGACAUACACCAGAGAACUCAGCAGGGAUCACUCCAGGCUCAGGGGCCACCACAUCACCCUGCUCCUCCCUCUCCUCCUCACAACGCUCAGGCACAGGGGGCCACACACCCAGAGGCCCCCACCGCUCACCCGGCAUGCAGCCCAAUCCCCCAGCAAGCAGCAGCAGCAGCAGCAGCCAUGCUUUGGCUCUCUCCAAGACUACCAACUCCCCGCGCCUCUCCCCAGAGCGUAAUCAAUCAGAAAAUCGUACUUCUCUCCGGAGGAGUCCUUCUCCACAAAAAGGAUCUCCGUCACCCCAAGUGGUCUUCCUUAAAGACAUUGUGUGCUACUUGUCCCUGCUGGAGAGGGGGACGCCAGAGGAUAAGCUUGAGUUCAUGUUCAGGCUGUACGACACAGAUGGCAAUGGUCUGCUAGACAGUUCGGAGCUCGACCGCAUCAUAAACCAGAUGGUCCAUGUAGCUGAGUAUCUAGAAUGGGACUCUACAGAACUACGACCAAUUCUGAAGGAGAUGAUGGAGGAGAUUGAUUAUGACCGGGAUGGAACGGUCACAUUAGAGGAGUGGAUCAGAGGAGGAAUGACCACCAUACCACUCCUGGUCCUGCUGGGAAUGGAGACGAAUGUAGAGGAAGAUGGGCAGCAUGUAUGGAGACUGAAGCAUUUCAACAAGCCAGCAUACUGUAAUUACUGCCACACUAUGUUGUUAGGAGUAAGAAAACAGGGCCUUUGCUGCUCACUAUGCAAGUACACAGUCCAUGAGCGCUGUGUGUCCAAAGACAUUGCUCCUUGCAUUAGCACCUACGCCAAGUCCCGCAGACACACCAAUGCUAUGCAGCAUGUUUGGAUGGAGGGCAACUCCCCAACAAAAUGUGACAAAUGUCACCGCAGUAUCAAGUGCUAUCAAGGUCUAACAGGCCUUCACUGUGUUUGGUGUCAAAUCACUCUCCAUAACAAGUGUGCGUCUAAUAUAAAGCCUGAAUGUGACGGUGGGCCAUUAAAAGAUCACACACUCCUGCCGUCGUACAUCUGCCCUGUUGUUCUGGACCGUCAUUCUGCCGUCAAAAGAGGUGAGGGAGAAUCAUCCCCCAGUACCAGCCCUGAAGACACCGGCCAGUGUUUCAAGGUCACCGGUGAUGGUCAGGCACUGCAGAUCACCCCUCUGCCUGGGACGCACCCCCUCCUCAUGCUGGUUAAUCCUAAAAGUGGCGGUCAGCAGGGAGAGAGGGUGCUGCGGAAAUUCCAGUACCUGCUUAACCCCAGACAGGUGUACAGUCUGGAUCGAGGAGGACCCAUGGCGGGGCUCAACUUUUUUCGAGACGUGCCCAAUUUCCACGUGCUGGCCUGUGGAGGCGAUGGAUCAGUGGGGUGGAUUUUGGACUGUAUUGAUAAGGCCAAUUUUGCUCGGCAUCCGCCUGUUGCAAUCCUGCCGCUGGGUACCGGGAAUGACCUCGCUCGCUGUCUGCGCUGGGGUGGAGGCUAUGAAGGAGGCAGUCUGGUCAAGUUCCUCAGGGAUAUCGAGCACAGCACCGAAGUGUUGCUUGACCGCUGGAACAUCGACAUUGUCCCUGACGAUAAGGAGGAGAAGGGCGACCCUGUGCCCUACAGCAUAGUGAACAACUACUUCUCCAUUGGAGUGGACGCAUCCAUAGCACAUCGCUUCCACUUGAUGAGGGAGAAACAUCCAGAGAAGUUUAACAGCAGGAUGAAAAACAAGUUGUGGUACUUUGAAUUUGGCACCACAGAGACCAUCUCAGCCACUUGUAAAAAGCUGAACGAAUCCAUUGAGGUGGAGUGUGAUGGCAUCAUUUUGGAUCUCAGCAGCACGUCUCUGGAGGGUAUCGCUGUUCUCAAUAUUCCCAGCAUGCACGGGGGCUCCAACCUGUGGGGCGAGACCAAGAAAAGACGGAAUUACAAUCGCAUGAGUAAGAAAGUACCAGAGAGAAUGACUGGCAGCACUGUCACCGAUGCCAAGGAGCUCAAGUUUUGUGUGCAAGAUCUGAGUGAUCAGCUUCUGGAGGUGGUGGGUUUGGAGGGAGCCAUCGAGAUGGGUCGGAUCUACACAGGUCUCAAGAGCGCUGGGCGGCGUCUUGCACAGUGUUCCAGUGUCACCAUCAGGACGUCCCGUCUGCUGCCCAUGCAGAUUGAUGGAGAACCGUGGAUGCAGCCUCCAUGCACGAUACGGAUCACGCAUAAGAACCAGGUGCCCAUGCUGCUGGGACCGCCACAGAAAACGUUCUUCUUCUUCAAGAAGCGCAACAGAAGUCGGGACUAGAUGUGGGACUCCAAAUAUCAACCACUUUUCUACAAUCAUACACUCAAGCAUCUCCACCUUCCUCAGCUAAUACUUCAUCUUUGGGAGGUGGGACCCAAAGAGAAGAGACCUUUCAAACACAACACUCAAUACAAUCAAUACAAACACAACACUGUAAUGGAUCUCUAAUGGACCCCAUCUCCCAACACAACCUGAUAUUCACAGGCUGAACCGGUUGAACAGACCCUCUCUGAGUGUCAUGACCACUUCCUGUGUCUUAUCAUCCAGAACGUCUUAUCACAGGCUUGUGACCUGUAAGCUAUGACUCAAUUCCAACCAAAUCCCCCCCCUACCAGUAGGCCACUGCCUUGGGAUCACACUGUGUGCCCUCUCCCUCCUCUUGAGACGGCUCAUCAGAAGAUACUGCCAAUUUCAAAGAGAGGAAGAGAGGACCAGAAAAGCAAGAGACUCGCCCAGCAAAAGGAAAAGAAGUGUGUUCAAGUGAAAAGAGAAGGAGAGCGACAGACAACCUAGGACGAUAAUGUUCUUCACAUGAGUGUUGGUGGUGCACAUAUGGACGUCACUGGGCCCUGGCUUAGCCUAGCAGGACCAGGGAACAAAAAUUUCCUCCUAAAGGAGCUUACUGAAUUAUACAUCAGUGCAUGCAAAGCACUCGUUCCAGUGCCUCUCCAAGGCCCUGCGACAUGCCACCACUAAAGAGAUGAAACAGCAUACUCAUCCAUUAUGAAGAUGUUUAUGGGGGUCUGCUGAUAGGGAUAAGUUAGACUGGCCUGAAAGAGAUGAAACAUUUCAGCUUCUGGUGUUUGCUCCAGGCAGUUUUGGUGUUCACCCUCAGGCCGCAAGACUGACCAGUGCAAGUUUUGUUAUAGUUAGCUGGAUGUUUAUUUAAUCCCGUACUGCCCUCUAAAACAACAGUGCUAGCGUUCAAGCGUGGAGAAUGGACCUAAGGUCUCAAAAAUGCAGUAUAAGUUUAGAAAAUCCUUAGAAGAGAGAAUUAGUGUACUAAAGCAGUUUUACCAAUGAGCAUUUAUAUCGUAGCAAUUUCUGCAAUAAUAUGAUGAUUUUAUCAUGUUUUUUAAGCCAAAUCAAAAUAGCGUACCAUUAAGUUUGGGAGUAGAUUCUGUCGAUAAAAAAACAUCUUACACAUCUGUUGGCUAGAUUCAGAGGGGUUUGAGAAUUAUUCAACUGGGAGACGGCUAGACUAGCUGAAGACCAUCUUAAGACCAUCUUAAUAGCCUUUUCACACCAACACGAAUGUAUGGCACAGAAAUUCGUUUCAGUUUUCACAUGUGAUUUGUCUGUUCAGACCAAUGCGAAAAACGGAAGAAUGACUGAAUGAAAAAUGCAACUUCACUCUAUGACAGUAGGUGGCGCUUAAAUGAGUUUUAUGUAACAGCAGCAACUCAGGGCAUGUGAUCAAAAAAGUGAGAAUUAUAUUGGUUGGCUGGUUUUCUUGAUAAUGCAAUCUAUUCAAAAACAGAUUAGAACAUCUUUCUGAAAAACAGAAUUUUCACACUAAAUAUUCGUCUUAGUGUGAACAGGUCUUACACCAGCUAAGACCGUCAAACCAGUUUAAGCCAGUUUUAAGCGUUUUUUUUACAAAAGGAACAUUAAGGACAUAAUGGUAACACUUUAAGACAAGGAUUAAUUUGUUAACAUUUGUUAAUGCAUUAGAUGUCAACAACUAACACUGAAAGUAUAUUUACAGCAUUUAAUAAUCUCGCUUAACUUUAAUUCAUAAAUGUAAUUGCUUGGUUCAAGUUCAAUUCCACCACAUAAAUUUAUACUAUUGUUCAUUGUUAAUUCAUGUAUAUUCAUAUUAUGUUAAAUAAUGUAAUACAACCUGAAAAAUCCAUGAAUAUAUGAAGACAUUAACAUUGACCAGGAUAAAUCCUGUAAAAAUAUUCUUAAUUGUUAGCUCAUGAUGCAUUAACUAAUGUCAACAAAUUAAAUACUGUUAUAUUUUGUUACAGAAACAAUUUAAGAAAAAAAUUUCUCCAUAUUUCUGAGAAAACAGAAAGUCUCUUCACUGUAGCAUCUCCAUUCAGAGGCGGGCUGAAAUCGAUCCAGCGCUGGUAUUAACACUGAAUCCUCUGGUCCUCGUCUGUCACAACAAGCUACUGCAGUGGGGUUUGAUUUACUGCUGCAUGGACAGAGCCUAAAUUUAACUUCCUAUUUCAGGGAGUGAAACACUAUUCCUAAUUGCAGCAUGAAAACAUCAGCUCGCAAUUUCAGGUCGACAGUCAAGCGGGUGUGUAAGCGGCCCAGAUGAAUGCAGAGAACGGAAGUUACUUACAGUUAACGGUCAACAACAGUGACCUUCUGAGAAGGCCCGUAAAGAGUAUUUAACUUAAAGAUGCCCACUAUGUGUCAGUAUUCAUAUAAUCCAGGAGCCUUGUGUGCAUAUAUAUGAAUGUGUUUAAAGGUAUAACUUAAUAUAGUAUCAGAGAUUAGCUAAUGGGUCACAUGAUUGACUGUAGCCAUCGGGCAGAGUUGCCUGAUAUAGAUCAACAUGCAGUGAUCAUCAGAUGCUUUCACAGUGAGCCGUAGGGCGCAAAUGUCUGUGUUGGAACUGUAUAUAUAUAUUUCACCAAUACAGAACUGGGGUCAGAUUGACUUCAGGUGUCGACUUUAGGGUUAGCAGGUUAACGUUCCCUUUAAAGAACACUGAACCGCAGAAGCUACGCCAGUGUACUAAAAAAUGCUAAUCUCUCCAUAUGACCACAGAACAGACGUUCACCUCCAGCCAGUGAGUCGGUUUAUCAUAGAAGUUAAUGGUGGAUUUGGCUAAAAGAGCCCCAUUGUUCCUGUGGUCAUUGGACAGAUGGUUUAUCCUGUGUGACAGUCUGGUGUUUAAAGAACGGUGGUUUGGUUACAAGUGCAUGUUUACAACUACUUUUCAUUUUACAGUUUAGAAUGGUUUUAAACAGUCAUGUAUAUAUAGAUAUUGUUUAUAUUUUCUCUAAAGUUUAACCACCGCAUGCCUGCUGAAACAAAGAAGACAAAGACGUCUGCUUGAAGAGAGACCACUCUGAUUGUUGCUUCUUUAUUAGUUUCACAUGAUUAUAUUUUUGGACCCUAUCCAGGCCCCUUGUAUCUACCCGCUGUGCUUUUCCUCAAUCCGUUAGUAGCAUGUUCAUUGUACAAGUACCUCUGUGGAUGUUCUCUGUUCUGUUUUGUAUUUUGUAAACUGAGGUUUGGCGCCAAUGUAUGCCAAUCGAUGGGCGACUGAGGAAUGUCACGUUUGGGAAAUGUCAUUUCUAAAUGGUACCGAUGUCACCUUCUGUGUCAAUUCUGUGAAUGACUGAUAGCCUUAACUUACUAAUACAAAAUAGCAUUUUGCUUGGAGCAAAGACUUUUGCAAUACAAGUCACUGAAAAAAAAAUCUACCAAAUGAA